AGAUGGAAAGACACGUGAUGGUGGAAGAUAACGGCAGAAAACAGGGACCCGUCACGUGGCGGGGAAGCUCGAUCACGUGUGCCUUGCCGGCGAUGUCAUUGUUUUCCGACAACAAACCAUCGUCGUCGGAUUUUGCUGGAAUUGCCUCGAGGCGGUGACUAGAUUGUGGAUCAAAAGCUCAGUGAGCUUCAUAGGAUAUAGAGCAUCACAUCGAUUACCUCAUCUGCUCAAUCAGACUCAAUUGACCACACCUCUAAACCACUUGCAGGUCCUAGCUCCAGCAUAAGGCCCCCGCGAUUUGUUCGUCUUGAUCCCAACUCAACGGAGCAGAAUGAACGUCGAGUUUCAAGGAACGCUCUCCAACCUCGAGAACAAACUCAAUGCCCUCAUCACCAGCCUCACUACCUCCCCUACAGCUGCAGGUGCGCCUGCCGCAGCGGUCGGCCUCCUGGACGCAGACGACUCCUUAACCUCCGCCGUCGAAACACUCCGACAACACCAGCAAAAUUACGCCAAGAUACUUCGACUGCGGGAAGAGGCCCAGGUUUUGGAGGAGAAGGUUAAAAGCAUUGUUCGCGAGGUGGUGGCGUACGAGAAGGAAAUUCGAACGACUUGUGGAGACGACGAAGAAAGUGAUAGCGAUCUGGAAUUUGAGGACGAUUCUUCCGACUACGACUCGGACAAUGACAUUCCCGGCGAAAAACCGAGAUCUGGUGGGCUACGCGGUAUCAAGGAGGUAGACUACAAGCUACUCCUGGACUUCGCGCGGCGAAUCAGCAAGUACAACCACCAAGCGGCUGCCGAUGCUGCAGUGAAUGCGGAGUCUAGAUCAAGGGAGAAGCUGCAGGGAGUUAAGGGACCUGAUACGGAGGUGACGGGGGCGAAUGGCAACACGGACGGCGAGGCAGUGGAGCCGGUCGCAUCUGUCACGAAGGAGGCGACCAGUUGGCUUGAUGAGUCCGCGAACUUGACUCGCCAGGCUUAUAUGUUACCAUACCCGAUGGAGGACCGAAUUCGAAUGGGACUUAUGGCACAGAUACAACUUGCUGGUGGGGAGGGCCGACCGGGCUUUGAUCCAGACAUGGAGGUCGAACGCCUAAUACGCGAGGCCGAGGGUGUUGGAAUUGCGGAUGCGGUGCCCCAGGUCGACGUGGGUGAAGAAGCUCGUCAUGCAGAUGAGGCAGCGAAGGCGGCAGCGCACGCUGGGUCUGCGGCAACAAGCCGCUCGACGAUGGGAGCUGCGCCAGCACCGAAACCUAAGGCUACACUGGACCUGGACCUAUAUGACCCAGAUGAUGAUGACGAGUGAUGCGAACAGUGUAUCGCGAGCAAUCAGUUACAGCAGGACUGUUGUUUAU